AUGAAUGUUAGGAUGAAGAGAGAACUCGCAAGCUUAAUGAAGACGCCAAUAGAGAGAGGGCGGUGUUAUGGGUUGCGCUGUUUCAGCUCUGUUUCUUCGAGGUGGAAGAGCAACAUCCCCACUCUGCUUCAGCCUAGAGUUCUGCUGUACAACGCGGUUUCCCUCUUCUGCCACCGAGGAGUGAAAUGGGUAAUCAAAGCAGAUAAGGACAAGAGGAUCAAAUUCUGUUGUAUUCAGUCUGAUGCUGCCGAGCCCUAUUUGAGAGUUUGUGGUCUUGACCGAGAUGAUGUCGUUCAUCGCAUGUUGUUUGUUGAAGGCCUGAAUGAAUAUUCUCAGGGAUCCACCGCUGCAUUGCGAGUACUGUCAUACUUGCCACCACCUUACUCUGCUUUAAGCUCACUCUGGGUGAUUCCAACUCCUCUCAGGGAUGCUGUCUAUGAUUAUGCAACAAAACAGAAGUAUGAAUGGUUCGGUAGGGCUGAAGAUUAUUUGGUUUUGAAAGAGAAAGAGCUGCUUGAGCGUUUCAUUGAUAGGGAAGAACUGUUGAGACGAGCUCAGGAUUUGUAG